UUUCUAAACAACUACGUAUCGUUUACUAUAUUAAGUGUAACUCUUUUGGAACGAAAUAAAAUGAAUCUUAUGCUUCCAACCCAUGAACAGUAUUUGUAUCUUUGCAAAGAAAAUAACGAUGACCCCAAGACCAGAGACCGCGAUCUCGAAUCCAUAAAAGAAUGGCUUAGGCAAGAACCGCAUUUGCCCGACGCUUUCGGCGACAAAGCUAUACUAAACUUUCUCCGCUGGGGCAAAUUUUCUCUGGAAAAAACCAAAAAACGCAUGGACAUGUAUUUUACGAUUCGAAGCGCCUUUCCUCACCUCUUCACCAACAGAGACAUCUCAAACCCCGAACUAAAAUCUAACCACGACUACUUUUUGUUUGCAGUUUUACCAUUCAUGACGGACAAAGCCAGACGCAUAACUGUGGUGAGUGCGCCAAGAGACGACUUCCAAAGUGAAGACCUGGUCAAUUUUGGCAAGAUCGUGUUCAUGAUAUCUGAUAUUCGACUUCAUUUAGAAGAAGGUGCACUUGAUACGUACAUUAUCGACGCUAGCAUAAUUCAAAUCAAACAUUUUCCCAAAGUACCAGUGUCUGCAAUCAAAGAUUUCUUAGUGUCCGCACUGGAGGGGUACCCUGUUCGAGUGAAAGAAGUUCACGUGGUAAAUGCGUCCACGGUGGUUAGUUUGGUGUUGAAAUGGGCGUCUCAUUUUAUCAAAGACAAAAUAAUAAGGCGGAUUCAAAUUCACGAAAAUCUGGAGUCGUUGCACAAGUGCAUUCCGAAAGAGUACCUGCCGGAAGAGUUCGGCGGUACUGCUGGAAAGUUGAUAGAUUUUAGCAAACAGUGGAUACUUACACUGGAAGAGCGAAAACAGUGGUUUAAAGAACAAGAGAAAUUGAAGGCUGACGAGUCGAAGCGAGUGGUAGUGGGAACAAACAGGAAUAAUAUUUUUGGAGUGGAAGGAAGUUUCAGGCAGUUGAUGAUUGACUAAGUUGUAAAAGUUAUGACAAAUAAUGUCCAAUUUAUAUAUACUUCUGUAACUGA